CUUGUGGGAAGGCUAGGUUAUGUUUUUAAAAGAAAAUAAACUUUUUAUUUGAGUUCAGGAUUAGUUUAUAAAUAUAAAUAAAAUGGCUUCGACAUCCACUUCAGAAGUAAAUGCAGACAAUAGUAAUAAGCCUGUAUGUCUAAUAGUUCUGGGAAUGGCUGGUAGUGGAAAAUCAUCGUUAGUUACAAGAUUAACCAGCUCUGAAAAAAAGCCCUAUGCAGUAAACUUAGAUCCAGCCUGUAGUAAUUUAAAUUAUUUUGCAAAUAUAGAUAUUCGAGACACUGUGAAUUAUAAAGAAGUAAUGAAACAAUACAACUUAGGACCAAAUGGAGCAAUAGUUACAUCAUUAAAUUUGUUUUCAACGAAGAUUCCCGAAGUAAUUGAUUUUAUUAAAAAAUCGCAGAAUGAAUUGUGUAUAUUAGAUACACCAGGACAAAUAGAAGUUUUCACAUGGUCUGUAUCAGGCUCAAUAAUAACAGAUACAUUAGCCUCUUCGUUUCCUACAGUUAUAUUGUAUGUUGUGGACUGUGUAAGAAGUACUUCUCCCGUAACAUUUAUGUCUAAUAUGCUCUAUGCUUGCUCCAUCUUAUACAAAACCAGAUUACCCUUCAUUAUUGUUAUGAAUAAAAUAGAUAUAGUAGAUCACUCAUAUGCCAAAGACUGGAUGACGAAUUUUGAAGUAUUUCAAGAAGCUUUAGAAUCAGAUGAAAGUUAUAUCAGCAAUUUGACAAGGUCUAUGGCUUUAGCCUUGGAUGAGUUCUACCAAAAUUUGAAAGUUUGUGGUGUCAGUGCAGCCACAGGACAAGGAAUUGACGAUCUGUUUAAACUUGUUGAUAAAGCUGCUGAUGAAUAUGAAAAUGAAUAUCGAGUAGAGUGGGAAAAAAUCAAAGCAGAAUCUGAUGCCAAAAAGGCAAAACAAAAUAAAGAAGAUAAAGAGAAGUCUAAUGUAGAUACAUCAUCUGGGUCUUUAAUAACAGAGGUUCCUAGUGGGAGAGAACUGUCAGAUAUAUAUUUAAGGCAUCCUACAAAUGAAAGUAGUACUGACUCGGAAGGUGAAGAAGAACCUUUUAAUGCUGUAAACAAUGAAGAAGAGGCUGAAACAUUCCAAAAGGUAUUGAAUCAGCAAAGAAUGAUGCAGAUUAAAAGAGCACAAGAGGCAGAAAUGAAAAAAUCACAAAACACAUGAG